GUCAAGCUUUGAAAGGAGUUGAACACUUCCUCAUCUACUGACAGAAUCAGACAUUUCAGUUCAUUUCUGUUUGAUAGAAUGGGUGAUCUUCAUUGUUUUGCUUUCUUUAUCGCUCUUCUCAUCUUUAACACAGGGUUCAGUACUGAAGACACUGUGUUUGUGGAGACAGGAGCUUCUGUUCAACUGAAUAUACAGAGAGAUAAACUACCUGAUGAGUUUGAUGAGAUAUUAUGGCAGAAUGAAAAAUCAGACACUAUAGUGAAAUAUUAUAAUAAAUUUAAAGAAGUAAGAUAUUACGAUGACUACAAGGACACAGUGGAUUUCAAUAACAAAACCUUCUCUCUAACACUGAAGAACAUGAAGAAAACAGACAGUGGAGUUUAUACAGCAAAAAUAACUGGAAAAAAAGAAAUAUCUGUUGAACACAGAGUAUCUGUUAUAGACGCAGUGAAGACUCCUGAGCUGACUGUCAUCUCUUACUGGUCCAGCAGUGACUCCUGUACUGUAAACUUCACAUGUAGAGCUCAUAACCUCACACUUCACUCCACUUAUAAUAAUGAUAACUGCUCUCCAGAGGAAGUGACAUCACAUGAGAAGUUCACUCUCAUCCUGAUCUGUAGUAAUGAAACCAUCAUCUGUAACCAUAGCAACCCUGUCAGCUGGAAAACAGAGAGAAUAGACAUUACACAGUUUUGUAAAGGGAAUGAACGACACAAUCGAUUCCCCCCCAGUCAAACGUAUAGUGUGUUCAGUGUUUUGAUGCUUGUUCUUGUUGCUGGAGUGAUUGUGUUUUGUGGUUUGGUUCUUUACUGUUGCUGCAGGAAUAAGGAAGGUGUUCAGAAGGAUGCCAAUAUAGACUAUGAUGAUGUUGAGACUCUGACUCACAUUCAUAAGAUGACAGAAGAUAUCUGGACCACUGUUACAUUCAAUACAGUAGGACAACGUCACAAACCUUAAUGUGUUCAUCAUGAUGUUGAUAAACUUUAAUAAUGUUGAUAAACUGUUGAUAAAGCUUUUUUGGUUUCACGCCCUCUUUCUGAAACAGCUUACAGUAGAAACACAACUUCAACUUCAGGACCUCAAUACUUUCGUAGUAAUUUAAAAAAGUAUAAAUAUCAAUGGCUUGUCAUUUCUCUUUUAAAACUUUGUACAAACUAAAUCAAUCUAUACGCCAGUUCAAUGUAUGUUUAACAUCUGCAGUUUUUAGUGUAUGUUUGAUAUAGAAAGUUUAUUACAAGUCACAUACUGUAAGGGUUUUUGUGUUUCAUUCAUUUCUGUUCAUUGUUAAUCAUCUUGUUUAGUCGAUUUGUUAUCUCAUUUUAUCAUUAAUAGUUUCACCUGUGUUUAAUUCUAGUUAAGUUCUUACACCUGAUCACCUUUUCCCCCCUGGACUAGCCAGGAGGGUUUUUCUCCUAGGGUUUUUUUCAUCCCCUUAAGAGUCCGCCACCAUUGGUUAAACUUAAAACUUUACUGUAUACGUUACAUUAUUACUACGCUCGCUUUUCUAUGCUUUUCCCUACAUCUAUUAAUGUAAGCUGCUUUGAAACACUUUACAAUUGUGAAAAAUGUUAUAAAUAAAAUUGAAUGUAAUUGUUAUUUUUGAUUAUUACACGGCUCUCUGGAAUGCUUGAUUCUGAUUGGUCAGUUGAGACAUUUGCAGGUUCGUUCUUUUCAAAUAAUAACCGCUCCAAAAUAAUAACGCAUAGCCGGACUACUUCCACGAGUAAAAUCGCUCCGCGCCAAUAAAGAUCAAUAAAGAUUACUGUCUGUUUGGCGCCAUCUUGUGACAAACACUCGACAACCACGACAAGACACAGAGAGCUUACUGAGACUGAACUUGACAAAAUAGAGCAUGACAGCUACGAAGCCAACACACAAAAAAUACAGAAUGGGCAUUAAAACUUCUCAAAG